AUGAACGCAACCUCCUCUACCUUCACUGCUCUCAACCGAAACGCACCAACCGCCUCGUCAGCCACCACCACCACCACCACCACCACCACCACCACCACCACCACCACUCCCAGCGAUGUUGACUCGGUCUCAGCUGUCCUCAUUUCAGUCGCACAUUCGCCUCGGGCAUCGACCUGGUCGGUCACCUGCGAAUCCAUCGCACUGAGACUAGCGAACCAGUGCCAGGAGCACCAGCAUACACCAGACGCCGUUGCCUUAGCUGUCCACACUGCAUCCGCACAUUUACUCAUCGCACGGAUCUAAGAAACCGCAUACGUAUCCAUGAAGUCCUGUGAUAGAAUACUGCCGGGUAUACCAUUACAUCACAUGUCUUCUCAUCAGCAUCUGUAACGCACAUCAACGCCACCCAUCAUCACACACCGCACUUCUCAUGUAACUUGGGAGUGUGUUCCCCGGUCCUUUCUCCAUAUGGCCCCUCUGCCGCAUGUGUGAUCCGAACCUGAGUCUAACGCGGUGCGUUAGACGUCGUGGCUUCGAAGUUUCCCAUCUGACGAUAGAACUGAGACCUUACAGUCAGCCCAGUGUGUAAUUGUGCGGAGCGGCGGACUGGUGGAUUUUGAGUAAGGCUGCGAUGGUUCCCUCUCGGCGUGAUGUCUGGCACUCUCACGCAUUUGAGACCAACUCCGCCCAUCCUCUUUUGUGCACAAUCCAGGUGCCAGGUCGUGUGUGUGUGGCACGCGCAGACAGGGCCUUAAGCUCUGUCAGCCCCUGCGACCAUUUCCCGCAUCAGACGACUGACCGGUUCGGACAGUGGCUGGGGCCUGGGAGUGGGAAUAGAGUGAAGUCGACGACUCAGCGCAUCUUCCUCGCUACAAACAAUCUAAUGUGCUCGAUGCGAUAAGAGCCAUGGCUUGAAAGGUCGCCAACUGAGGAGAAAACUCGGACCUCGCAGACGGCUCAGAAUGUGUGUUGGUGUGGAGUGACUAAGUAAUAGGCUGGGGGUCAGACUGCAAUGGCCGUGGUGGCUCAGUGGGCUCCGAGCCGGGUGUGGCGGCGUCCCUAGGGCCGUGCAAGCCAUCCGCGCCUUCUCUCGCCUCCCAUCUUCUUGUCUCUGUCUUGAAACCGGGCCCAAGUCGGUUAGGAGGAGUGAGCACGGUAGAUGCUGCGUAAGUCUACUAUCAUGCGCUAGUCAUCGCCCCUGCUCUCAACCUGCUGUGAAGUACAUGAGGGACACCGUCGGCCAAGACUGUCAGACUGUCGUAUGAGAGAGUGCUAUAGACUCCGAGCGAUUCUACAGCCACUUUAAACUAAUUCACGCGCAGUUCACCGUCCGUUUCGGUAGGGGCGGCGGUGAUUUGUCAGACUUAAAAGUGUGACAAUCCCUCCGUUGUUGGGCUAAUAUCUGCUAAUUCAAGCCCCCUUAGCCGGCCCCCGGCUUCUGGCAGCUUGGUACAGCCUGGACACGGGCGAACAAUGGGAUAGAAAGAGAAGGCGGCCGAGCUUACUGCGCAGUUUUUUCACAUUACCAUAAAACCGCACAGACACUUUUUUAUCACGGCGCGUCAGAUAUUUCGACCUGAGCAGAGAUACUUGAUCCCUAAAAGUGGGAGUUCAGUUGUAAAGAUUUGCCUUCGGCGGAUUCUGUAACAGGCGCGUAAAUCUGGCCAUCAUUACGUCUAACUAGUUUGAGUAGGAAGGAAGCGACAGUGAAGAGGAUGAUGCUGGUACUCAUGCAGACCCGCACAGCAUCCGUCUCGCCCUCCUUCUCGUAAAUGCAGUGCUGACUGAGGCAAACUGAGGGAAGAACUGCAGCGUAUCCUGCCCCGACCGUCAGGGCAUCAUGCCACAAACGCGUGACAAGCGAACGAUCAAGGUCAUGGCCCCCUGUUCUUUGUGCUGGUCGGCAUCCCGUCCCCCUUGCCAUAUACCCCGCCGUUCCCACAAGCCUCCUCACUUGGGCCUUCUAUCGUACUCAGUACUAGUCCUAUUUCCAAUUAACCUUCUGUUUUGCAUACAUAACAAGAACCACUUCAGUCCUACCCUCGUCUCAAAGGCAGAACGAGUUGUCUCAACGGCUGGUAGCCGUUUGGUGCAUGACUUUCAGUCCCUGGUAGUAUUUCCGUGCGUGUCAGAGCCGGGGGUUACUUGAGUCAUGGUUGACGGGACCUCAGUCUAUCAACAAGUGCAACGACAUCCCCACUCCAUAUUCUGUCCUGAGGCAUAGACUGGCCAAAGCAAUUGACCACUCGGGGAGCGCGCAAGCUGGUGAGCCAGAUGGCCGAGCAAUCAUCACGCCAGCAUCCAACACGGGUGAUGAGAUUUCAACAGUUAACAACUUGCAUGCCGGCCAUCAAGCCAUUAACGCACCAGCUGGCAGUAAUUCUUGAUGAAGGGGAGCGCGGUUAAUUAUCAUAGGUAUGCGAUAGCAUAGCGGCUGCAUCCUAUAAAUACUGCAACUUCCUGUGCACGAGCCACCCUUUUCUGCCACUGUCUCUGGUGAUGGGUUCAAGUGAGAAUCCGAAACGUCAGGCGAAAAAAGCCCUUGUUCCAGCAAUCGCCUUUUCUUCUUCUUCUUCUUCUUCUUCUUCUUCUUCUGAUCAGUGGACGUGGUGCUGACGGGGACAAUCGGCCCGUCUGCACGUCCCACACACAAUCUGACGUCUAACUUCACGAGAACCAGGCUUCAAAGAAACAGGAGAGGGGGCCGUUUGGGGUUCGCAGGGGUGAGACCGCCCCAAGGGCAACAGAAAGAAGGAGCAAAUGCCGGUUUAUCCCAGUUUCGAAGGGGAACCGGCCGGUCUCAGCAGCUGGCGACUGUUUAGGACACAAGUUUCGGCCCGUCGUAGUGUCCUCAAGAGCGUCGGACGGAAAGGAGGCAUUUCCGUGUUGAUAUUCCUUUCUUUCCUUUACCAUGCAUCGGCGACUUAUCUGAACACGUUGGCCAACUGGUGAUGAGGGUGGGCGCGGUGAUUGACCAAAGUCAAAGACCGCUAGUAAUGCACGUGGACUGUGUGACUGACAGAAUCAAACAACUCGUCUACGCAUGCCACGAGCGACCUGAUGCCGAACUCCACACGAGACAGGGGGCGGCUUGGAGUGGUAUUACCGGCAAAGACAAGGGAGACUGGAAUGGCCAUUUCUGGCUUAUUAGCCGUCGUCAGCUGAGGCUCGAGAGAGAGGGAGAGAGAACCCGUAACGAAGUAACGAUCAGUGAGCGCCGCUCUACCAUUGUAUAUUCCCGAUCGCAACCGACAAGACAAAGAGAAAACAACCUGCAGAUGGCAGAUUCCCUUGUUAACCUAGACGCUGUCUACCCGACGAGCGCACGGUUGGCUUUUAGUAAAAUGGCCUUUAUAGGAAGUUCACCCAGAAAUUAGCUGGUUCCUGAAUCCAGAGAACCAGCAGUUGCUGAUCAACAGUCAUAAUCUUGCCCGGGCUUAGAUGGAAGAGGCUUAGCACUUCGACUGGCGAUAACGGCAGUACAACGCAAUGCUGUAAGUUUCUUACGCCUAAUCACCAGAGCAGACAGCCUUGGACAAGCAGUACAGGCGGUUUGGGGAAUCAGCCAGGAGUCAAAAUCCUUAGGAUCCCCGCAAAUAUGCCCGAUGUUAGCGCGGGUUUAAGGGCAGCAAACCACGUUUCGGGGCUGGGUAUGACUGUCUGACGAAGGCUAAUAAGCCAGAAAUGGUCAUUCCAGUCUCACUUGCCUUUGUCGGUAAUGAUAUUCCGCCUAUAUCAUGCGCCGCUGUGCGGCUGCUGGUUGGGUUCGAGAGAGAACCCGUAAGGCACAACGGAAGGAGUGAGUUCCGUAAGAACGAUCGGUGAGCGCCCACCUACCAUUAUAUAUUUCCAAUCGAAACCGACAGGGCAACGGGCUCGUGGCCCAGUGGUUAGAGGCGUUGAAAUUCUAACUAACCGGUCGCGGGACCCAGCCCCAGGUGUUCCACACUUCGGGGUCGAGUAUGACUGGCUGACGACGGCUAAUAAGCCAAAAAUGACCAUUCCAGUCUCCCUUGUCUUUGUCGGUAAUACCAUUCUGCCUAUAUCAUGCGCCGCUGAGCGACUGCUGGUUGGGCUCGAGAGAGAGAGUGCCCGUAAGGCACAACGGGACGAGUGAGUUCCGUAGAAACGAUCGGUGAGCGCUCCUCUACCACAACAUAUUUUAUUUCCUCUACCAUGCACUAAUGACUUAUUUGAAUCUUUCCAACAACUGAUGAUGAGCGUGAACGAUAUGACCGACGAAAGUGAAGAGAACUAAACAGAUAGUUGCUGUUAGACUAGGCUAAAAGGGGCGGGGCGGGAGGAGACUCACACUAAUGGGCUGUUUUAUGUCAUGACUGAUUGAAAAGGGGGAUCUGGAAGCAGGGAUUUGAGAUAAAUCGUCCGAGAAUUAAAUGAGCUGCGUCGCCCCUCUCAUGCAAUGUCUUCGGGUAACAAGCUCGGCUGAGGGGUUCAUGCAUUAGUAACACAUUUUCUGAACUACGGUCGUUGUCGCGAGCCUUUAAGCGAGGUCAGUUCAGCAAAAAUCCGGACCCUGUCUAGGGGACGCUCGAUCUAAAGCAGUAAUGCCAAGUCUUCUUCAGCCGAACUGAAUUCUGUUGGAAUUCAUAUCCGCAAAUAGUGGAUUGAAGCAUCCUUAAUUGAGAGAUUACGGUCAGGCUUACUGACGGGAGCUAUUGCAGUUUGCCAUAACACCCUUAGUUGUGAAAUUCUAACGCACCUGCAUACUCCUCAGCAUAACUGCCUACUGAUGAUUGUGCAGAGGGCGCAUUUAAUUGAGUACUGACUGCAGAGAAACACAGACCCGGAUUUCUGUUCACACGCUAUGACCAACCUUCUGGGUGAUUCCGAGUCAUCGAUCUGUGCCACUGAUAAACUCCGUAAUUCUCUUACAGUUUUCUACGUGUACUUAACUUGGCAUAGCAGUUAUAAUCUCCCCACUGUUCGCACUAAUAUUGCGGUUACCAAUACUAAUACUACUAUUACUACUAACAUUAAUGUCACCGAUACUACUUCUAUUGCCACUGCUGCUGCUGCUGCUACUACUACUACUUCUACUAUUACUACUGCUGCUGCUGCUGCUACUACUACUACUACUACUACUACUACUACUACUACUACUACUACUACUACAACCAGUAAUACUACCGCUAGUACUACUACCACUGCUACUGCUACUUCUACUACUGUAAAUACCACUACUAAUACUGCCGCUACUACUAAUACUAAUACUACCGCUCGUACUAAUACCGUUACUAAGGCCAGUACUACUACUGCUGCUACCACUACUACUACCACCACUACAGCGAUUGAAGAUCACACAUGAACGGGAGUAUCCAUGGUUUUACUAGGACUCCAAGCAACCCCAAUGAUGCACGUCUUGGACCAGCGCGUCCCCGUUUUGACUACUCAGCCCGGUAAAGGAGGCAGGCCCCACCUAGAAUCUCUGGUCCCGCAUGGUACCAAUAAUCAAUAUGCUCGACUGACAAACAUGGCCUAAGGUUUCAUCAGCGUGAGAUCUUUCUCCGAAAGUUGCGAUUCUAGUUCCAAAAUCAGUUAGAGAGGAGAAGUGGCUUUCCGCUCGUACCAGACAGCACGGAAAAACUGCCGCCUUGAAGAUAGAGAUAAUCAGUGUUGAGUCCUGCGCAGAGACGCCGAAUUAAGUUUGACUUCACACGUUUGGCAAGUGUCCUCUACAGGUCGCAUCUGACCUAAAACGUACGAAUUUAUCUCGGCCUGGUUGCGUUCAUGUUAGUGCACUAGAGCAGGGCUUCAGGCAGUCGCCGUGUCCGGAAAGGAGGUCAGACUUGGUAGGUGUAGUCGACAGUCUGUCUUUUCGCCACACCAACGGGGUGUCGGACAGAAAACAAUCGAUUUUGAAUUGGACAUCGCAAGUGGAGAAACGUCAUUUACAAAAGAGAAAGUUUGCGUACUGAACAAAUGUAAAACACCACACUUAUUUCCUGACUGGUUCAACAGCGCACUGUUACACGGAUGGGUAUUGUACAAAAACAAAUAAUUUUUAUUUGUGCGCAGAUGGGCUAAAAUGAUUAGCAGUGGUCAUUAUUCCUCUAUGCAAACGUGCAGCCUGUGUUUAGUUUUUUCGCCACGCGGGGUGUGGGGGGUGUCCAUUUAAGGUACGCUUGUGCAUGAGUAGUAGAUUGCACCUCGAAAACUGUGACUGUUCCUCGCAGUAUUUAACUAGCGCCCAACUCUCAUCUGUGGCUCCUCGAGGCUAGGCCUUGCCUAGCGACACCCCUGGUAACCGCCUCGGACGGCGGGCUAAACCAACUGAAGGCACCCCGUGUGGUUAUGUGCCCUACCACCCGGUAAUUCUGCCCCCAUUCCCAUCCUUCACUCCCCUCCCUUCUUCCUCUCCCUUCCCUCUCUCCCCCCGCCUCCUUCAUUCCUUCCAGUUCAUAUGUUCUCAAGCGAUCCAGGUCAAAUCAGGUCGCUCUCCCCUAAACAAAGCUGUGACCCAAAGUAGAGUUCGUCAGCUGUCUGGGGUGUCCAAGCAUAGUAGUGCCUACCCCCUCGACGGAAAGGGACUAGAAAAGGUGCCCUAAAUACGCCAUAUUUAAGUAUACUGUGGUUCGUAAAUACAAAACUCGCGGUCGAAAAACAACAAAGAAUCCCAACGUUCCUCGUCCCUCUUCCCCGCAGCCCCACCCCACAGGCUGCUGAGAUGAAUCCGUUCGCUCUGUCGGCCUGGAAUGUUCGUUCCCUUUUAGACAAUCCGAGGAGCAACCGGCCGGAGCGUAGGUCGGCGCUAGUCAUUAGAGAACUGGCGCGCAAAAGAUGCAAGCCGCUGCUCUCGGCAAGACCCGCUUCUCCGGACGAACUGGAGGAUGUGUGUGCCGGUAACACAAAGGCAGAGCGACGCGACGCUGGCGUCACCUUUGUCAUCCGAAACCACAGCGUGAGAUGACUGCCCUGUCUGCCGCAGGGCAUCAACGAUCGCCUCGUAAGCCUGCGCUUAUGUCUUCGGGGUUCCAAAUUUGUCGCCUUCGUCAAUGCCUACGCCCCCCUCCCCCCCCCCCCUCCAGUGACAAGCUCCGACGAAGCGAAGAGCAAGUUCUACGAGGACCUGCGCGCACUUCUGGAGACUUUACCGAAGGCGGAGAAGCUGCUUGUUCCUGGCGACUUCAAGGCCCGCGUCGGGACAAACUAAGCUGCCUGGGAUGGGGAGUGUUGGGUCCUCGUGGAAUCGGCGGCUGCAACAACAACAGCCUCCUUCUCCUGUGAACCUGCCCAUAACACCGCCUCCUCCUGACCAACACCUUCUUCUAUCUGUCGACGCGGAAUAAUGCCACCUGGGCGUAGCCUCGACCACGGCGCCGGCAGCUGCCGGACUACCUUCUCGUCCGACGGCGAGCUCAACAGGGCGUGCUGGUGGCGAAAGUCAUCUGCAACAUCGACGGCCGGACCGACCACUGGACUUGCCCUCUUCGGGUUUCGGCUGAAUCCUCGCAGGAGACUACCACGUGGUAAGCUUAAUGCCGUUCAGUGGAAUGUGCCUGCUCACCACUUGGAUUUUAACAAUCAACUGACCCAUCGACUAGAAAACCUUAAAGCUCCAGAUAAAAACGCCACCGUGGAGGUUCGGUGGUGUCAUCUAAGGAGUACCAUUCACUCCAUUGCCUUGGACGUCGCCGCACACGUACGUCGUCAGCGCCAUGACGGCAAAGACGGCAACCUUCUCGCCUAAAAGAACAGAUUACAUAAAGCCUGCAUCGACCGUCGGACAGACGCAAACGAAGCGCCUUCUUCGGAUGUUGCGACCUGCGCAGCAGCGGUUGCAGGAUGAAUCGUAAGAGUGAGGAAAUCCGAAGAUAUGCGGAUUAUAACAAAAUGAAGAACUCCUUUGCCUCCGUAUCAAAGACACCGAGCCGCUGCUCAGCUCCGGAGGUACAACACGCCUGACGGAAAUGUUGCAAAUUCUUAAGCGUUGGACCCAGCACUUCAGAAGUGCCCUCAACCGACCAAAUACAAUCUCCGACGCCGCCAUCGACCGGCUCCCCCCCCCCUCCCCUCCAAAGUGGAAGGAAUGACGAUCUGGAUCUUCUGCCUUCUCUCCCAGAAACCAUGUGAGUCGUGCACUAACACUCUAGCGGGAAAGUAUCGGGAUCCGACGCGAUCGCAGCUGAUGUUUACGAGUACGGCGCCCUCCGACUAAAGUAAAAACUUACAACGAUAUUGUAGAAGAUGUGGCGUCCAGUAUAAUCAUCCAUCUCUACAAACGGAAAGGAAAACGGCAAGUCUGUGAUAAACACAAAGGAGUUUCGCUGCUCAGCACUGUUAGAGAGAUCUUCACGUGCAUUAUCUCAAUCGUCCCAACGACCGUUCAGAACAUGGACUUCUCCCGAAAAGUCAUUGUGACUUCCGGCGACAUCGCGGAGCCACCGCCAUUUCCUUCGUAUCUCACCAGCUACACGUGAAAUACCAGGAGACGCGGAUCCGCCUUUACACUACCUUCGUGGUCUUGACAAAACCACUGGCACGGUGAAUAGCGAUGGAUUGGGGAAAAUGAUGGAAAAAAAUUGGCUGUCCUGAGCGAUUCACGCAUAUGGCGCGUCAGCUCCACGACGGCAGAAUGGCAUGUGUCACGGGCAACGGGAUCGUCUCAGAAGCAGGCGAAGCAGGACAGCGUGUUAGCCUCCCAUACAUAAUCACUCAUUACAUGAGCCUAUUCGGUCGCCUCCAUAAUGACACGCCAAGCGUAUUUUUCACGCCCGACAACUCUUGAAUCCCCAGCGUCCCCAGCACCCCAUCCACCUACACGACGACCACUAGCAGCAUAGCAGUCCUAACCAACUCAAUAUCCCCCGACCUAUCCUGCGCACAGUGCCACCGCACAUGCACAUCACACAAGGGCCUUGUGGAUCACUUGCAUAUCUAUCGCACAGAAACUGCCGAACUAGUACCUGGAGCACCAACAUGCGUCCACCGCCGUCGACUCAACCGUCCGCAUUGACCUCGCGCAUUCAACCAUCGCAUAGGCCUGCUCAGUUGCAUGCACCUCCACGAAAAUCGGCGGUAACUCGCUGUAGACUAGAUAAUAUUGUCACACAUUUCUCCACCAAAACGCGCACUGUCAUUAAUACCUCCAACGUGGUACCUCUCACGCAAAUUAGAAGCGCGUUUUUCGGCCCCCCCCCUUAGUGUGGCUUCUCUGCCACAUGCGAGAUCAAAGCAUCCCACCCCUAGUUGUGCGAAAUCCUGGUGCUCCGCGUUGGGGGCCAGAUCGUGUGCGUGGCACGCGUAAACGCGUUAUCUUCAGCCCUGUUAGCCACCUCGUCUCAACUCGAUGGACGACCGAAGCAGGCAGUCGACUGGUGCACGGACUAGUAGAGCGAGUGACGUCAACAUUCAUCGCAUAAUUUCUCAUUGCAAACCAUCUGACGCGCUUGAGACAACCACGGUUCAGUAGAAGGCGUGGCUUGAAAAGUUACCAGCUGACAAUCAAAUCAUGCGUUCAGCUCAGUGUGUGUCUGUGAGCUGAGUUGCCGACUAAUGGACUGAAAGUCAGACUGUGAUGGUCCCUUCAUAGUUUGUCCUGUCCAGUACAACCGUGGAGGGCUCCUUUUUACUUCUAUUCCCCAGGACCUGGCGAUCGAGAUAAUCGAGCUGCUUCUACAAAGCAAAUACAAUGAAACGGAGAAUCGUCUUGGGCACGCCCAAGUCCUUCAGCUCCUGAAGUUCUGUCUCAGGACGUACUUCACUUUUGACGGCACAAUCUACGAACAGGUGAAGGGCACAACAAUGGGUUCGCCGAUUUCGGGAUCCGUUGCCGAGGCGGUCGUGCAACGGUUAGAGUCGCUGGUCAUCCAACAGCACAACCCGAAGUUCUGGGCCCGGUAUGUGGAUGAUAACUUCGUCGUUAUCGAUCGGCAUCAACUGCUGACACUCAAGGGACAUCUGGAUACGGUCUUCCCGGACAUACAAUUUACAAUGGAGGAGGAACAGAACAACCAGCUGCACUUCUUGGAUGUCCUCGUAUGCCGCAAAAAUUUUGGUGGACUAAAGACCAAAGUGUUCAGGAAAACUACAAAUACGAUGCAAGUACUGAACUCCAACAGCAACCACCCAAUCAGCCACAAACACAUUUGUGUAGGGUCGCUCUAUCGGCGUGUCCAAACGCACUGCAGACAAGAUUGCCGAACUACAAUACCUCCGACGGGUCUUCAAAGCCAAUGGCUACACGCGCAACUUCGUCAACCGGUGCAUCCGCAAAAGGGACGAAAGGCCUAACCGCGCGGACACCAAAUCUUGGCGGGCGCUUCCGUAUGUCAAGAACGUUUAGAAAGCUGUUGGCCGCCUUCUCGUACCACUUGGCGUUGGAGUUGCGCACAGACCGGAGGCAACCAUCAUGGACAAGGGGUCCCUUCAUAAUUACACACACGUGUGUCCGAACAGUCCACACCCUUUUUUGUUUAACGUUGUUGCUUGUGUGUUUAGGGGGUCAGGUCGUGUGUGUGGCACACGCAGACUGGCUCUCUAACUCCGUCAGCCACUGUGCCCACAUCCCGAACCAAACGACUGACAGGUUCGGACAGUGCCAUGGGCCUAGAAAUGGGAAAAAUGAAUGAAGUCGACUAUUCCGCACACUUUCCCCGCUAUAAACAAUCCGGUGCCCCCGCUGCUAUCACGGUGCGCUAA